CGUAGCCUUGGCUUGGCGGCUUGUCUCUGAGAAGAGCUUCAGAAGGUUCGCAAAGGACCAGCUGAUCGCUUGUGAAAAAAAAAAAAAAUAGUUUUCCCUAGCUUCAUGUGCUUCAUCAUUUAAAUCAAAGAUCUCACCUUUGACCCCGGAAUAUCUAAGAAGAGCCUCCUUAUCGCCGGAGGACAUGGCAGACGACAUUGAUGCCAUAUUUACUCAAAUAGGCUUCGGCAACUGGCAACUGAUCGCCAUCACUGCAGCCAUUUUAGGUCCAGCUGCCCUGGCACCAGCUCUUAUUGGCUCUACCUUGACGAAUGCUCAGGUUCCGUACAGAUGUCGGGAGGCAGGGACACUAAAUAUCACAGAGGGUUUCGACAAUGGCUGCAGCAGGAGUAGUGAGAUUGUCAGUGAUGUGCAAACUGCCUACAACACAACUCAGUGGACUCCAACUAUUCAGGAGACUUUCAAUAAUGUUUCAUGUUCCUCCUGGGAAUACGACACUUCUGUUUUCACUUCAACCAUUACUAUGGAGUGGGGAUUCAUCUGUGAGGACGCUUGGCUCUCCUCGCUCUACCAGAUGGUCAUCAGCGCGGGAUGUAUGAUGGGGGAUGUUGUUGGAGGUGCCGUUGGGGACAGGUUAGGUCGUAGAGCGACUUUACGAUAUGGGUCCCUUGUGGUAGUAGCAGCUGUUUUAGGCAUAGGGCUGCUCCCAAUUUAUUCGUUAGUGCUUGUCUGCAGGCUUGUCUUAGGCCUUACGCUCUCAAGCAUCAUCUAUCCCACCUAUAACUUAGUGAUGGAGACAACACCUACCUCACAACGCACAAUCGUAGGGAUGAUUCUGUGUGCUCCCUACAGCGUCAGCGUCAUGGUCUUCGCUGGUCUUGGCUACUUCUUGAGGGAUUGGAGGACUCUCCACUUGACAUCGUCCAUAUUUGCCUUUUUGCUGCUCCCUGUAAGCUGGUAAGUCGAAAACAUGAAGCGUCAAUAACACUGAUUGGCAAUCUUCCUUCUGAGCUUGUGGCUGCGGGCGGCAACAUUGCAACGCCCUAUUCAGCAUGCAGUACUGAAAUGAAGUGGCAAAACACCUAGGCAGCACACUGCCUCUCACUCCCUCUUUGUUGAAUUAUUAUUAUAAGAAAAUGUUAUUUUAAUGCAGGUACAUUACAUUCAUCAUUACUGCACAAUCAAAUUCAAAUAUUGCUGUUCUGAGGUCCAGUAUAACAGUUGCAAUAAAA